CAAUAACCUCCCUACUGGGGACUACGCCAAUUCAGUCCAUGUGACAAUGGUGGAUUCGUCGGGAGGGGAUAGGCACUCCAGUCCUCUCGAUACCGUCCUCAGGGACCUCACCGACCAUCUUGACUUGAGUAAAUUCCAAGUCAUUGGGACGCCUGCGACAUUAUCUGUUUUCUCGGACACAUCUCGUUGCAUUAUCUCGACCCCUGGACCGGAACCUCAGUGUCUCUUGGCCUGCGCCACUCUGGGCAAAGGUCGCAUCGUUGCUGUCGGUCACGAAGGGUACAUUCCCCUAGCGUAUGAUAAUGCCCCCGAUAAUGAGGAGUCCAAGGUCGCCGCUGAGGUAAUGCAGCGGGCCAGGAGGUGGGUGGCUCGGUCUAAGAAGGGCGUGUUGGUUCGGUAUUAUGAAGACCAUAGUACUGUUAUAUCGCGGGAUGAUUAUGAUGUCAUCUCGUAUCGAACUAACGACCUCUCGCUCCACAAUCCAACGACUCCCCAAGAGGCUAAUCGGAUCCUCUCUCUCAUACGCGACCAAGGUGUGGGUCUCCUUAUCGGUGUCAACGGUUGGGGUUGGGAGUGUCUCAACAGAGGUCACACUAUUGUUGAGCAUCCCAUGCAAGAGCUUGCCCUCCAAGCUGGGAUAUGUUUUGAGUCGGAGUAUCUUCCAGGUCAGCGACCUCUAACGUGUGAGCGGAGUGUGACCAUGCUUAGCGAAGUGAGCCAAGAUUCCUUCCACACAUUGAUACCUCUGAUGAAGGUAUGUGUGGUUCCUGGUAAGCCCACUAGGAUGGGUGAUAUUGUGUUGCAAGCUGUGAACAAGAGAUUGCAUCUCACCCGAGAAGAUACAUCAAAGAUACGUCAGUUGUUGACGGAUGCCUCUUCGGGGAGAUGGAGGAAAGGCGAUGGUGCCAAGAAGACAAGCUUAAUGCAGCUAGUUGCAACUUUCUUAGAGUUCGCACCCCAAAGGAUUCCAGGGGACAUCAGUUUUAACGACGUCCUUGCCCUCGCUGGUAAAGACUUCCCCGGGGUCUGCCCUCCAAUGGGUCAAGAUGCACUGAGUAGAUCUCAAGGGAUCAUCAAUGGGGAAGAAGUGAAGAUCACCUUCGAGGCCAUUGCUAAAGAUACACCUCAUUCCUCAGUGACAGGGAGGAGCUUCGAUCCUUGGAUCAGCACAGGGGUCUAUGCGAGGCCUGGUGAACCUAUAAGGGUUAGGUUGGAAUCCCUGAUUCGAGCUGGUAAUGCUCAAGGGGCCGUCAAGGGUGAGGGUAGUCCUCUUUCUAUGGAAGAGGUACUUACAGAUGAUUUUGGUUUUCGAGUUCGUAUUGGUUGCCAUAAGGAUGAUAAUACCAAACAUGAUAGUUGGAAGAGAUGGCCCAGAAUCUCUGCUGUGAGCAAAGAUAUCCUUUCUGGAAGGAAUCUCGAGGUCGAGUUGGUAUCUGUUUUUGGAGGUCUAGUGUAUUUGGAGAGGAUACGCGAGAAUGGUGUGGAGCCCUCUAAGGCGCAGGGCAUCAACCUCAACGUUGAUUCAAUACUCAUGGUGUGUGCACGCGUGCAAGGAGGUGUACCGACGCUGUGGUGGUCUAAUGGAGUGUGGAUGCUUGGUGGCCAUCCAGUGGAGAAUCUUAAAAAUCUUCCGCGUGCGGGAGAAGCGUAUCCACCUUGGGGAGAGAUCCAAGCCAAGCACGUUAUCUUAUCGCUCCCAAUGCAUCUCCUUCUUCCUCAUGCCCUUCCCUCGAGUGGAGGCAGUCCUCGUGAUGGUUGGGCGGAUACAAUUGCCGCCUUUUGGGAUAGGGUUAUUCGGAGCCACUGUGAUCUCGCUUGUCGACCUGUUUGUGGGGAGGAGCGUUUUAGAUUCGUUUUUGAUGUUAGAAUUUCAGCUGGUUGGAUGCAUAGUGGAUAUCCAAUAAUGGCUCAUGAGAAUCCGACAGCAGAAGAUGCCUGUGCGGUGUGGGGAGAAGGAAAUCUUCGCGGUGCGAGGCAGGGGGGCAAGCUGCUCUUGGAGGGAGACUGGGGUUUGUUCCAUGAACUUGGUCAUCAUUUCCAGCGACGUAGAUGGACUUAUAAGGCGUGUGGGGAAGUUACUGUCAAUCUGUUCAGUAUGUACAGCAUGAUUACGAUAAUUGGGCGAAAAAUUCCGACUCGGGAUAUGGAAAACGUUCGGGAAGGACAUGAGAAGGCUGAGAAGUUCAUCACAGAGAGGAUUCAGUCGGAAGGAGGUGGAGGGGCGAUUUAUUCCGCUGCGCAUAAUCGUCGGCCAAUCACUGACGCCCUAGAUCAGUGGAGCCCUUGGGUUGGUCUCACUAUGUAUGUCGAUAUUAUAGAGACCUUCGGGUGGGAUCUCUUGAAAGGAGUCUUGAGGAGUUACGAACAAGAUGGUACCUUUGGUGAGGAGCCAGACCCUACCGAGUGGUGGAGUAGAGUGAGCCGGGCCUGUGGGAAGGGGUUGUCGAUGUAUUGUCGUAUUUGGGGUGUCCCGAUCGACUUAGACAAAAUGGAUCGAGAAGGAGGUAAUCCGAAUGAUCAGUGGUUGCCGGGAUGGAUUCAACAGAAGAUGAUGGUUGAACUUAGGAUUCUUCUUAUGGCAGCGGCAGUAUCGAAGUCUAAUACAACAACGAAAGGAUACAUCAUGCCAAACGAUUCGCUUCCUUCUGGUUGGACUCGAUACACUACCGACGAUGGCGAGGAAUACUUCUUCAAUGAGGUCACGGAGCAGACCCAAUGGGAGCGUCCAACACAACCGGCGACCUCUCGAGGGGAUAAGAAAAAGAAAAAUAAGGAUAAAGGAGAAUACGUUCCGAUCGACGCUGGAGCACUGAUGGACGAGGGGUUCGAAGGGGCUGAGGAUGACAAGCAGCAAGAGAUACCUUCUCGAGGUCCUGUGAAAUAUGAUGUGCCUAUGGUGGAUUUUAGUAACACCACGGAAGAUAGAAAUGAGGUCGAUGCUGCCAAUCGAUCAAAGAUCCUCAAUUUGGAAGGUCGACUGGACGACUCGACCCCCCAUCGUAGUGGAGGAGCACAGGGAAGCUCGGCAACAGCAGCGUCGUCAUCAUCGGAAGUAUCCGGAGGCUGGCUCUGGUCAAAGUUGACAUGUGGCCUCACGCUAACGUACAUUCAGGAGAAUUUCUUUGAUGUGACUUCCGAAGACGUCGGAGGCAGACUUUUCCUCGCUAUGUGGCCCUACAGGAUGUCCCUCCUUGCCCCAUCAUCCUCCCUACGUCUGCCUUCCCCUGGGGGUGCUGCUGCCCCCUCCCAGGAAGGGCGAAUUGCCCAGUUUUUCGGACGUCAUUUCGCCGAUUCGAUUCAACUGUUGUCGGCAUUUAGAAGCAACCCGGAUCUGUGGGGGCCUUCCUGGAUCUGCACUACUGCUGUUAUUUUUCUCACCGCUACUGCGAACUUCUCCCAACAUUUGAUGAGCGAAGAGAAGCAGGGUGAAACGGAUUACACUAUGGCUGGCACAGCAUGGCUGGUCAUAUUCGGUGUAGUGAUCGUAGGACCUCUGAUCACUCUUGGUGCCCUAUUAUGGAUUAGUAGCAGACCCCAGCCGACAGCAGAGGAGUCGGGAUGGUGGGAUAACCUACCGUCGUGGUUGAGGCCCAACAUCGCUCAACACAAUGCUUAUGUUAUUGACGAUGAUGCGGGGGUGAGUGACGGAGGAAAUUACGCAGUUCCUCCCGCCCACCACCAACAGGGUGGCCCAAAGGCCUCGUUGUGGCUCCUUCUAACCAGUGCUUACGGCUAUAGCGUGGCUAUUAUGUUGCCGAUGUCGCUACUGUGGAUGGCACCUUUUGGAUGGCUCAAAUCUUCGGCGUGCGCGCUUGGAUUCCUCACAAGUAUGGUGUUUGUAUACAUAUCAUUGCUUCGUACUGGAGGAGUAGACGGAUCAUCUGGAGCCUCCCCGGUACUCCAAAGAUUGGGGUUAGCUCAACCAAGCCCGAAGGUAUGCGUUGAGGUGGCCCUAGUCACAGCGGUAGUGGCUAUUGUGAUGGAGGCUGGUAUCUGGGCUUCAUGCAGGUGGUAUUUCCUCGCUUGAACG